CACUUGCUCCAAUCGCUCUUUUCCCCGCCCCAUAAGGAGGCGGGGAAAUCCGGGCCACGUGAGCGUCGGGAUUGGCUGGCUCUGGAGACUCCGUGAGCGGGCUGUACUGUCACGUGGUGUGCUGUUUUCUUGUCACGUGGCUGCCAUCCAGCAUAGGCUGCAUGAGGGAGGCGCGACCGCCCGCAGCCCUCCUCGGCGGAGGGGCCGCUCUGCUCCUGUCGCUUCUCUGGAUGCCAGCUCUGCUACCUGGAGCCUUCCGCCUUCUUUCGCUGCCCAGGGCCCUGCUGUCCAUGGCGUCUGGAAGUCCCCCGUCCCAGCCCUCCCCGGCCUCGGGCUCUGGCUACGUCCCAGGAUCGGUGUCCGCAGCCUUUGUCACUUGUCCCAAUGAGAAGGUCGCCAAGGAGAUCGCCAGGGCCGUGGUGGAGAAGCGCCUGGCAGCCUGCGUGAACCUCAUCCCCCAGAUCACGUCCAUCUAUGAGUGGAAAGGAAAGAUCGAGGAAGACAGCGAGGUGCUGAUGAUGAUUAAAACCCAAAGUUCGCUGGUCCCAGCUUUGACAGAUUUUGUCCGUUCUGUGCACCCUUACGAAGUGGCAGAGGUGAUUGCAUUGCCUGUAGAGCAGGGGAACGCCGCGUACCUGCACUGGGUGCGCCAGGUCACAGAGUCCCUUUCCGAUUCCAGCACGGCUGUGCCAUGAUGAGCGUCCUUGGCACGGACCCCUCACACUGCAGUGCCCUGUCUUCCCAUGACGUCCAAGCCCCCAGUAAAUCCUGUCUUGGUUCUUUCUG